UGAUCCUCAGAAUCAUCCUCCUUCGAGUCAAACAGCGCCUCAUCAACUACACAUCGUCAGCUCCCUUCCUCUCUUCUACUCACCAACCAAUUAACAUCAAGCCACAACAUACCAGAGCUCUCUCGCGCAGAAUCCAUCGCUCACUGCGAUGAGAUGUUGAGAAUAUUUUGAGUUUAAACUGCGCGGCUCAUCUCGGAUCACUGAUGUCUUCUACUUCUUCUUAUUAAUCUGCAGAAUGGACACUGUCCCCCUCCAACCGCUCACCCACUCAAUCCCCUCCCCGCCCUACACCCUCUUCCUCCACCUCACCAUCUUCCCCUCCUCCUCCACCUCAUCUCCAAUCCCCCAACCAAUAACACUAAACGUCACCACCUCAGAAUCCACAAUGCCCCUCACCGCCUUCGUCUACGCCCUCCCUCCUCUUUCCUCUUCCUCCUCCACCUCUCCAGAACUCAAGAAACCGCUCUGCACGACAAUAUUCGGCGGCCAAGACAGCGCGAGCCAGGACUCGGUCGAGUUUGCGACAAGGUUGGCAAAGAUCUGUGCAAGCAAGUUACAAAGACCGGUUUAUGUCGGUGCUAGUAUCGGACAGUUUUUGAGUCAGAUUGAGGUUCUUGGAAAAGUUGUCGAUUUCGUUACUUCGAACGUCAGUUGAUAUUUAUGAGUUGACUUUUAUGUUGCUCAGU